AUGCAGUUCGAGAAAGUGAUCUACAAAGCUAAAAUCAUCCAAGAACGAUUCUUCUUUAUAAAUUCAUCGAAAUCCGAAGAGAAAUUAAUCCUCAAGGGCGUGACGGGAAUCGUCCUGCCGGGAGAAAUGCUCGCAAUGCUCGGCCCAUCCGGCAGCGGCAAGACGACGCUGCUCACCGCCCUCGGCGGCCGUCUCGGCGCCGCCGCCGCCGGAACCCUCUCCGGUACGGUCACCUACAACGGCAGGCCGUAUUCGAACGGGAUGAAGCGCAACACGGGGUUCGUCACGCAAGACGACAUUUUAUACCCACAUUUAACAGUAACCGAAACGCUCGUCUACACGGCCGUGUUGCGCCUUCCGAGGACUAUGCCGACGCCGGAGAAGGCGCAGCACGCCGAGGCGGUGCUCGCGCAGCUCGGCCUGGCGCGGUGCCGCCACAGCGUCAUCGGCGGCGGCCUGCUGAGAGGUGUCUCCGGUGGCGAGCGGAAGCGCGUCAGCAUCGCGCAAGAAAUGCUGAUCAAUCCGAGCCUCUUGUUCCUCGACGAGCCGACAUCGGGCCUCGACUCGACCACGGCGCAGAGGAUCGUCUCCACCAUGUCUGAGCUCUGUAAAGACAGCAGAACUGUUGUGAUGACGAUCCACCAGCCGUCGAGUCGGCUGUUCUAUAUGUUCCAUAAGGUCCUGCUCUUGUCGGAAGGGAAUCCUUUGUACUUUGGAAAGGGCUCCGGCGCGAUGGACUACUUCGCCGGAAUCGGAUUCUCGCCGUCGGUGGCUAUGAAUCCGGCGGACUUUCUGUUAGAUCUUGCAAACGGAGUUUCCGGCGAUGGCGAGUCUCCGGAAUUAGAUCCGGCCGAUGUUAAGCAGACAUUGGUGACGGCUUACCGGACACAUCUGUUGCGAAGUGUGGAAUCGGAGGUCGAAGGCUAUGACAGCCAGGCUAAACCAGGUUGUGCCGAUCGUCAUAAUCCCAAACUCUUUAAGGAAUGGCCUAUCACUUGGAUCGAACAAUUUUCUGUAUUGUUUAGGAGAGGAAUCAAAGAAAGGAAGCACGAAUCAUUUUCCUCCCUUAAAAUUGCUCAAGUUCUCGUCGUCGCCAUUGUCUCCGGGCUCUUAUGGUGGCAAUCUGAUGCCAGCCAUUUACAAGACCAGGUUGGGCUGUUCUUCUUCUACUCAGGAUUUUGGGGAUUCUAUCCAUUGUUCCAAGCAAUCUUCACAUUCCCUCAAGAACGUAUGAUGCUCGCGAAAGAACGCUCGUCGGGUAUGUAUCGACUCUCAUCCUACUUCAUGGCCCUCACCUUAGGUGACCUCCCCAUGGAGUUAGUCCUGCCCACCAUUUUCUUCACCAUAACCUACUGGAUGGCCGGCCUCAAGCCCCACGCCGGCGCAUUCCUCUCGGGCCUCUUCAUCCUCCUCUACAGCGUGCUGUGCUCUCAGGGGCUCGGCCUCGCCAUCGGGGCUGUAGUCAUGAACCAGAAAUCUGCCACGAUUCUUGGAUCGGUUAUCAUGCUGACUUUCCUCUUGGCCAGUGGAUAUUAUGUCCAGCAUGUCCCGAAAUUCAUUAGUUGGAUCAAGUUCUUGUCGAUUAGUCAGUAUACCUUUAAAUUGUUGCUUUCGUCGCAGUAUAGCCCUGGAGACACCUACCCUUGUGGCCCUGAUAGGACCUGCCUUGUGCGUGAUUUUCCGGCGAUCAAAGCUGUCGGGCUCGAUGAUCAGGCUGUGUGUGUCGUGGCGUUGGGGAUGAUGCUUGUUGGAUACAGGCUCGUCGCGUACGUCGCCCUCAUGCGACUCGGCGUCACCAAGAAGUGA